AUGUUUGGCCGAAGACGACGCACCCCCCUGCUCGGCGCCGCCGUCAUCGCGGGCACGGCGACGGCGGCCUCGCGGCACGGGGCGAAGAAGCAGGCGCAGGUGGAAUCCGAGCGGCAGUACCAGAUGGAGCAGGAGGCCGAGAUCAGGCGUUACGCCGAGGAGAACGAGCGGCUCCGCAACCAGCGAGCGAUCGACCAGGCGGUCAACGACGCCAUGUCGAAGCAGCAGGCCGAGAACAUGGCGAAGCAGCCCGUCUCCCCCGGCGGGCCCAUGAACAACAUGCAGUCGUCGGCGGCCAUGUCGCCGACGUACGGGUCCAACGACGUGCUCCACUCGCCGGCGAACUCGCUGCCGUCGCCCAUGUACCAGCAGGCAGGCAUGGCGCCGUCGCUGAUGCCCCGAGGCAACGCCGCCGCCUCCGAGGGCAUGCGCUUCUGCAGCGACUGCGGCAACAAGUGCACGCCCCAGGACAAGUUUUGCAGCGGAUGCGGCCACGCUAUGAUGAGGGCCAUGAACGAGAACAUGUCCAUGUAG